CUGUGCCCUGCGCUCGCCACUUCGCACCCGCACGCCCGACCGACCGCGCCGCCGCCUGCCUCGCCAUGGGUCGACAGAAGGAGUUGAUGAACCGUUGCGGGGAGAUGCUCCACAUCCGCUACCGGCUGCUUCGCCAGGCUCUGGCGGAGUGCCUGGGGACCCUCAUCCUUGUGAUGUUCGGCUGUGGUUCCGUGGCUCAAGUGGUGCUCAGCCGAGGGACCCAUGGUGGCUUCCUCACCAUCAACUUGGCUUUUGGCUUCGCUGUCACCCUUGCCAUCUUGGUGGCUGGCCAAGUGUCUGGAGCCCACUUGAACCCUGCUGUGACCUUUGCAAUGUGCUUCCUGGCACGAGAGCCCUGGAUCAAGCUGCCCAUCUACACACUGGCACAGACCCUCGGGGCCUUCUUGGGUGCUGGGAUUGUUUUUGGGCUCUACUAUGAUGCAAUCUGGGCCUUUGCUGGCAAUGAGCUUGUUGUCUCCGGCCCCAAUGGCACAGCUGGUAUCUUUGCCACCUAUCCCUCUGGACACUUGGAUAUGGUCAAUGGCUUCUUUGAUCAGUUCAUAGGCACAGCAGCCCUUAUUGUGUGUGUGCUGGCCAUUGUUGACCCUUAUAACAACCCUGUGCCCCGGGGCCUGGAGGCCUUCACUGUGGGCCUUGUGGUCCUGGUCAUUGGGACCUCCAUGGGCUUCAAUUCUGGCUAUGCCGUCAACCCAGCUCGUGACUUUGGACCUCGCCUUUUCACUGCCCUGGCUGGCUGGGGUUCAGAAGUCUUUACGACUGGCCAGAACUGGUGGUGGGUACCCAUCGUCUCUCCACUCCUGGGUUCCAUUGGUGGUGUCUUCGUGUACCAGCUCAUGAUUGGCUGCCACCUGGAGCAGCCCCUGCCUUCCACUGAGGCAGAGAAUGUGAAGCUGGCCCACAUGAAGCACAAGGAGCAGAUCUGAGUGGGCAGUGCCACACACACACACCCCCCCACUGCUCACUCUCUUGAGUGUCCACUGACUGUGUGGGGGACACCCCAUAAAAGCCCCCUUGUGAUGCCUCUCGGGCUAAAAACGCUCCCUGUAUCCACCCCCACUGGAUGGCCCCUCCAGAAUUCCUACUGAACUCUGCCAGCUAGGGGAUUAGGUUCCCCUCUUAAGCCCAAGUAGGAUAGCAAGUAAGACCAAACAUCCUCUUGUUUCUGAAAAGGAAGAGGAUGUGGAGAGAGAGAGAGAGAGAGAGAGAGAGAGAGAGAGAAAGAGAGAGAGAGAGAGAGAGAGAGAGAGCAAGUGUAUGUGUGCUGUUCUCCAGGCUGAAAGCAAGGGCAAGGGACCAAGUUUUCAAAACAAACUAGCAGCUCAAGGGAACCCAGGGGAAGGGAGAGAGUGAGUCAGGAAAGUGCCACAGUAUACUUGCUUCAGGGACUCCAGUGUGGAGGUGGACCCAGGAGUGCGUUUCUAAGUAUGUAUGUGUCUACUGAGUUUUCGAAAUGGACUUCUAGGCUUAGGGAGCGGGGGAGGCAUAAGAGGGGCGUAGCUCACAUCUGGAGCUGUGAUCCUCAACUAGGGGCUGUGUAUGUAAUAUGUUUCUGUUAUAAGAUAGACAUUGGGAGGGGCUAAAGUCCUGGUCAUAAGUUUCAUAAUUUGUUUUUUUUAAAUAUAUAAAUAUAUACAUACAUAUAUAUGUUACAGUUUUAGGAAUAGGGGUGGGAAACUCCACUUUUUAAAAGGGUCUUCCUUCCUUUAAUCCCCCAAUCAACAAUGUACUGUUGCCUUUUAUAUAUAAAGAAAAGAAUAAAAUGUAUGCAUUUGACAGGAA